UUAUGCUCAAACCAAACCGCACCGCGAACACCCUACUACAAAUUAUGCUGCUUCAUUCAUGCACGGACAUGGAGGUUAUUUUCCUCUUUCCCACCAAAACAGAGAAUUAACAAGACAAAAUGUGACUUCAACUCUUCGCGUUUAAUAUUAACACUCUCAAGUCUCACUGAACCUUGCAGAAACCCAAUGUCAAAGUCCGUUCUCUCUCGAAUCAAACCUCAUCACCUCCCAAAACCUUCACCAUCUUCCUCUUUACCCCCACGCAUCAAAAACCUCGUCAUCGACGUCAUCCAUAUCCUCAAAACCCAUCAAUGGCAAGAUUCUCUUCAAUCCCGUUUCGCCGAAUCCGAUAUCAUCGUUUCCGACGUUGCCCAUUUGGUCAUUGAUCGAAUCCACAACCCUGAACAUGGUUUAAAGUUCUUUAACUGGGCUUCCACAUUACCCUUUUCUACUCCUCUCAAUGGUGUUGCUUAUUCUUCUCUUCUCAACCUCAUGGCAAAGUACAGAGUAUUUUCACAGGUUGAAAUGGUGUUAAACAAUAUGAAAGAUCAAAACUUGAAACCUACUCUUGAAGCAUUGAAUAAUGUUAUUUGUGUUUAUGGUGAAUAUGGGUUGGUUAAUAGAGCACUUGAGAUUUUUCAUAUGGUUUGUGAAUUGUAUAAUUGUUUUCCAUGUGUUGUUGCUAAUAAUUCAUUGCUUAAUUGUUUAGUGAAAAAUGGGAAAGUUGAUGUUGCAUGUCAACUGUAUGAUAAAAUGCUUCAGAAGGGUGACGAGGAUGGUGUCGAUGUUGUUGUUGAUAAUUAUAGUACUUCUAUAGUGGUGAAGGGUUUGUGUGAUCUUGGGAAGGUUGAGGAAGGUAGGAGAUUGAUUAAUGAUAGAUGGGGGAGAGGUUGUGUUCCACAUGUAGUGUUUUAUAAUGUCAUCAUUGAUGGGUAUUGCAAGAUGGGUAAUCUCAAAGGUGCUACGAGAGUUUUCGAGGAACUGAAAUUGAGAGGGUUUUUGCCGACAUUAGAAACUUAUGGUGCUUUGAUUGAUGGAUUUUGUAAGGCUGGGAAGUUUCAAGUAGUUGAUCAGCUUCUGAAAGAAAUGAAUGUGAUGGGAUUGAAGGUUAAUGUACAAGUGUUUAAUAUUAUUAUUGAUGCUCAAUACAAGCAUGGUUUGGUUGAAGAAGCUGCUGAGACGAUGAGAAGGAUGACUGAGAUGGUUUGUGAGCCAGAUAUUACAACUUAUAAUAUUCUGAUUAAUUUUUCAUGUAGUAAUGGAAGGAUUAAAGAAGCUGAAGAGUUCAUAGAGAGGGUGAAAGAAAGGAGAUUGCUGCCUAAUAAGUAUAGUUAUACACCUCUCAUGCAUGCUUACUGUAAACAAGGGGAUUAUGUUAGGGCAUCAGAUAUGCUUUUUAAGAUUGCUGAAACAGGAGAUAAACCGGACUUGGUUUCGUAUGGAGCUUUUAUCCAUGGAAUUAUUGCUGUUGGGGAAAUCGAUGUUGCACUGAUGGUCCGGGAGAAAAUGAUAGAGAAGGGUGUAUUUCCUGAUGCUCAGAUUUACAAUGUUUUGAUGAGUGGUCUCUGCAAGAAAGGAAAAUUUCCUGAUGCCAAACUACUAGUUUCAGAAAUGCUUGACCGAAAUUUACAGCCUGAUGAAUAUGUUUAUGCUACCCUGAUAGACGGGUUUAUUAGAAAUAAUGAACUUGACAAGGCAACACAGCUUUUUGAAGUCGUAAUGAGUAAGGGUAUAGACCCUGGCAUUGUGGGGUAUAAUGUCAUGAUUAAGGGUUUAUGUAAAUUCGGAAAGAUGACUGAUGCUGUAUCAUACUUAAAUAAGAUGAAAAUUGUGCAUCAUUCCCCUGAUGAAUACACUUAUUCCACUGUUAUAGAUGGAUAUGUAAAGCAACAUGACUUAGAUAGUGCACUCAAGAUGUUUGGACAGAUGAUGAAACAGAAAUACAAACCAAAUGUGGUUGCCUACACCUCCUUGAUCAAUGGAUUCUGCAAGAUAGCAGAUAUGAGCAGAGCUGAAAAAGUCUUCAGAGGGAUGCAAUCUCUUAAUUUGGAGCCUAAUGUUGUCACAUACACUACACUUAUCGGUGGUUUUUGCAAGGCCUGUAAAAUCGAAAAAGCAGCAUCCUUUUUUGAGUUAAUGCUGAUGAGAAACUGCCUUCCAAAUGAUACUACAUUCCAUUACCUCAUAAAUGGUUUAACAAAUAUUACAGACAGUACACAUCUUAUCAGAAAAAACAAGGACAGAUCCUUGAUUUUGGAUUUCUUUGUAACGAUGAUAUCAGAAGGAUGGAGUCAAGUGAUUGCCGCAUAUAAUUCUAUUAUUGUUUGUCUUUGUGUACAUGGAAUGGUUGACACUGCCCAAUCCUUGCAAACUAAGAUGACGAGUAAGGGUUUUCUUAUGGAUUCUGUAAGUUUCAGUGCCCUGCUACAUGGCGUAUGUCAAACAGGAAAAUCAAAAGAAUGGAGGAAUAUUAUAUCCGGUGAUCUGAAUAAGAUCGAAUUCCAAACUGCUUUCAAGUACUCCCUGAAAUUAGACAAAUACCUGUAUGAGGGAAGGCUUUCGGAGGCUUCGUUUAUUUUACAGACCCUGAUUGAAGACUCCAUGCUUUCUGAUCAACAAAACAAAGAUCAAAAAGUAACAAGCUAGCAGUAAAGCACGGAGUAAAGAAAUUCCCAAACUUCAUUUGGAAACUCUACGUAGAUAAAGGUUAAUCAACUCAGCAGUCUCAUAUACCUCGUAUAUGAAUCGAGUACAAAAUGAGGUUUCUAUGCUCGGUGACAGCAUGCGUGAAGAGACGAUCCAUGUUAUCUUUUGCCAAGCAUUUUGUGAAGAUAAUGCCAACUUUUUGCCAAGCAUAAAUGUUUACCGAAUGCUUCCAAGUACAGGAGAAAGCUACUUGAUAUGAAUUGCACAGUUGCAAGACAUAGAUACUGGCAUUACAGUUUUUAGUUUCCUCCGAGUGGUAGCAUGAGGGGCUGCUCUGUAUUAUUUAUGUUCAACAUGACACACCCAUACUAAUAUCUUGGCAGCUGCGCCACAUGGCAAAGGAGAUGUUGCAGCUACAGCAACAUCAAUUAAUUUUACAGUCCAAGCAUGGAAUAGGGAUAUGCUACAAAGUCUAGUAAAAGAGGUGUUGGAUUUAGCUCCGCCUUGGCAGCUAAUUGGAUGGUAUGCAUCGAUUCUCAUUCUAAUAAGGAAAUCUAACUGAGAAGGGACCUGUCAAGUUAUUUGACAGCAAGAACUGAGCUAAGAGCAGAGAAUCAGAGUUGGUCUGCUACUCUUUGAGCUCCAGCCAAUACUUGGAUCCUUUGAAGGCAUGCGUGGGAGAGUCGGUCUGCUUUGGUUAAUUAGUAGAGAUGUUAGCUCUUGAUCAUCCCAAUAAGUUUGGUUGGAUUACAUGAUGAAGUAUUCUACUUUGAUUCCAAACACGAAGCAUCUCUUCUGUAUAUUAAGCAUUACUAAUUAGAAGUUUAAGAUAACUUUGAAAUAGUUUGAGUAACAACUUUUUUGUGGUACAAUUUCAGUAUCAACUGUGCUAUCUAUUUUUAUUUUACCAUGUUGUAUUCAAGCUAGAAUUGUUGCGAAAGAUUUCACCAAAAAAAAAAAAGAAUUGUUGCGAAAGCAGCAUAAAUCACUCUUUGUUAUUGUACUUUGUAAUGUAGCAAACUAGAGAACUAGCAAAAUAGAAAACCCUCUGUUUUUAAAACAUUAGCAUCUUUUUUUUCUUUUUUUUUUUUUUGGUUGAAAACGUUAGCACCUUUACUUGGUCGUUUAGUAAUAUUUUACAAAAUUAUAUGG